CUAUUGUUGAGGCCCAUGCACAGGUUUGCAGAGAGCUUCAAAACUCACCCUAGAAGCACCCAACCCCCAACCAUGACCUGUUUGUCUGUGAAGAAAAGCCACUCACAGCUUUUCACAGUGGCGGGUUCAGGAGAACCAGUCAGUAUGCUGUUGGAGAGACAGGAGUUCCUGACCGACGCUCUGCCGGUGAGGCUGAUCGGGAUGAACUGCGAUAUGAUGAAGCAGUACAUCGAGUUUGUAGCUGACAGACUGCUGCUGGAGCGCGGCUUCUCUAAGAUCUACUGGGUGGAGAACCCCUUCGACUUCAUGGAGAACAUCUCUCUGGAGGGGAAGACCAACUUCUUUGAGAAGCGGGUUGGCGAGUAUCAGAGGAUGGGCGUGAUGUCGGGUCCCACAGACAACGCCUUCAGACUGGACGCUGACUUCUGAGCGCAGCGGCAGACCUCACACGCGCAUGCACGGUCAUGUGAUCGAACCCUGCA